AUGACAUUUGGGAAUAAGACAGUUGUUCUUGGUGGUGAUUUCCGACAAAUUUUACCAGUGAUUCCAAAGGGGUCCAGACAAGAUGUUGUUGGGGCAAGCAUUAACUCUUCUUAUUUGUGGAACAAUUGUAAGAUAGUCGGUAUAGGUGAUGGUGAAUUUGGUGUGGAAACUGAUGGCAAUACAAACAUAGACAUUCCAAAAGAUAAUUUGUUACAAAUCCAAGGUGAUCCUAUUGAAGCAAUAGUUCAAAGCACAUUUUCCAUGUUUCUUACAGAUUCGUGCGAUAUGCAGUACUUAAAUGGUCGUGCUAUAUUAGCCACAACUCUCAAUGUAGUCAAUGAAAUCAAUCAGUAUAUGAGUAAUUUGAUUCCGAUGGAUGAGGGAACAUAUUUUAGUUGUGACUCUGUUUGUCACUCUAAUACAUGUACAUAUUCAUUUGCUGAGUUGCAUACCCCGGAAUUCUUAAAUUGA